AUGACGAAGCUUAUCCUUUUCCUAGCGACGCUGGUUUUUAUCGGUCUGGCAUCAGCAUCACCUUCAAGAAUAAAUGAAGAAAAGAGCCAUGUAAAGAAGCACAAGAAACACAGUAACUCCACCAAGCUCCAAGAACCAGAUGAUUUACCAGACGAGGGUUGGGACUUCGAAAAUAAAACCCACGUAGACACGAGGCGAAUUCUUUUCAGUAAGAGGACGGAAAAAGCGAAGAGACCGUAUAUGGUCUAUCUCCAACUAACAAAAGAAUCGGCUAAGGCUCACAAAUACCGAGGUUGGUUAUGUGGGGGGGUUGUUGUCGACCCUCACUAUGUGCUUACUUCUGCUGCAUGCGUAGAAGAUGCGGACAGAUUCUACAUUGUCUCCGGUACCACCAAGUUUGUCGAUAGCUUUGAUUACAAGAAUGACGAAUGCGUUUGCAAGCAUCGACGCAGAGUUGUAUGGAAAUGUAUUCCCAAAAAUUACAAAUUCGAUUUUCAAGAUAGUAUCAAAUGGUCAUCUAAUGAUAUCGCCAUAGUUAAAGUAGACAAAGCUUUCAAAUUCGGCGUUACCGAGAGUGGAUGUGAAUUUGGCGUUUGUCCUAUUAUCUACAAUAAUAUAAGUAGAGAAUUAGAAAAGCCUGGAACUAAAGGAUGGAUAGCUGGAUGGGGUAGCGGUAAUAACUUCAGAGAGGGAGUGUACCGUCGUCAAAAGGAAGUACAUAUUCCAAAGAAUGCGAAGUGCUUACAAGAAGCAAAGGUGUGCAUUAUGGACAAUGAACAAUGUGCCAAGAAAUGGGCCCAAAGGUUUAGGGAGAUUAUCACUCAAUACAUGAUUUGCACUAAAGACGUUAUGAAGCGGCUGAGCGAAGUCUGUGAUAAAAGAUACGCUAACUGUACGGACGUGGAGACUAGACGCCACGAUCCCGAAGACGUUGAGAUAUCUGACAACUCAAUCAAUAUUGAUCUUGGAAGGCAUUUACGAGACCCUAAUGACUAUACUGCUAGAAGAUCUUCCAUGCAAGGAGGAUUUUGUGAGAAUGACCAUGGCGGUCCUUUGAUUGUGAGACAUAAGGGCGUAGAGACGGUGGUGGGAGUUAUAUCUGCCUGCAAAAUCGACCCGAAGAGUCACAGUUGCCAUGGACCUUUCUUAUACACCUCAAUUUAUAGGAAUCGUCAAUUCAUAUCAUGCGCUAUUCACAAGGAUGUUGAACAAAACUGCCGAAGAGUAUUCCGUUCUGGUAUAACUCACGAGGAAUGGUCCGUCAAUUGGGAUGAUCUGGAGGACGAGGAGAGUGAAUCGACCAAAGAUGAAGUUACCCCAAAGAAAGAAAAGAAGGUUAAAAAAGUAAUAAAGCAUGAGUCCAGUUCAUCCAGCAGCGAAAGCGAAGAGGAAGAAGUUACUGUUCCAACUACCACCACAGAAAAGCCUAAGGAAGAAGUAACAAUAAAAAGAAGUGAUUCAGAUAAAAGCUCGUCAAAAAAACAUAAGAAACACAGGUCUAAAAAACAUAAAGUGAGGAAUGAGGAAAAAGAACCAAAGGUAAAGAAGAGUGAAUUUUCGGCAGAGGAAGAAGAGACGACAACUGAAAAGGCGAAAGACCCGGCCUCCUAUGAAUCCAGUGAAGAUGAAGCCGUCAAUAAUCCAGACAACGAAUAG